AUGGCGCUGAACAAGCCGGCGGCCACAGUGUUGGUGCUGAGCUGCGUGUGCGCCGUCCCUCUGCAGAGCCAGAAGCCGGGCCAGGUGGACCCCCUGGCGGUCCCCCGCGCCAACCCACAGUGCUGGGACACGUCGUCGGCGCUGCUGCUGGAGAUGCGCUCCCCGAGGGUCGCCGACACCGUGCCCGCCUUCUGGGACCUCAUGGUGGUCCUCAGGUCGUCGGACAACAGCAAGCACACCGCCCUGUUCUGGGACUUGGCCCGGGUCUUCUGGAUCAACUAUUUGGACUGCGUCAUGUCCAGGAGCCACGGCCUCGGACGCCGACACGUGACCCGCGUCCACUCCCUCACCACUGACGAGUUCUUCAAGUUCAACAGCUCAGGGGGGAACUCAAGGUUGCGGCUCAGCUUCCGAGUGAGGCACAAAGGCCACAUCAAAACCAUGAAGACCAAAACAUCUUGA